ACUUCAGGGAACUGGACAGGAUGAUUGACACACAGGGGAGGUUUAUCUUCCUAAAAGGCACCAUUGCCGAUAAACUCUACACAUUGGUGUCGAUCUAUGUGCCCAACACAAACCAGGCAAGAUUCCUUAGGGGAACAUUGAAUAAGCUACGAGGAUUCUCGGAAGGAGCGCUUAUUAUAGGAGGCGACUUUAACACCCCACUAGACCCCCAGAAGGAUACAUCGACAGGCAGUAGCUGUCUACCACACUCUAGUAUUCGCUCGAUCCGCAAAUCAAUGAGCGAGAUGGGUCUAGUGGACAGCUGGAGAGCGCUUAACCCGGACUCCAAGAACUACACCCACUACUCGGCACUUCAUCAACGCUACUCGCGAAUCGACUACAUACUGCUCCCACAGGAGGGCCUGACACGACUUAGGGCAGCUACUAUAGGCCCUGCCACCUGGUCAGACCAUGGCCCGAUGAUGGUUGAACUGGAAUCACCGCUAUUCAAACCAGCCCGUUGGACCUGGCGACUGAAUGAGUCCUUGCUCCAAGACCCAGAGGUUUUAGGGGAAGUAACACAAGCCCUGGAAUUAUAUUUCAGAGAAAAUGAUGUGGAAGGAAUAUCGCCUAUAUCGAUCUGGGAAGCACACAAAAGUGUAAUUCGUGGAAAUCUCAUUAGGAUAGCCUCCCGCAAGAGGAAAGCGGCGAUGCGGGAGAUGGCAGAAGUUUAUGAGACCAUCGCAAAGCUGGAACUCCAACACAAACGGACUCAACACGUUGACACACAAACGGAACUAUUAAAUGCCCGACGACGACUCCGAGACCUCAUCACGCGAAAGUACUACCGCUCCUUACAAUAUUCGAAGAAUUUCUUCUAUAUACACGCGAACAAAGGCGGCAAAUUCCUGGCACGCCUUCUGAAAG